GCCGAGGGUGCAGUCCCAUCCAAGGCCAAGACCAUGGAGCACCAAGCUAGGACAUCUGCACGGCAUCUCCAGGCCUUCCGGGGUUAGAGACAGCACAAAGAAGCCCUGUAUAGGAUUGCUAGGUCCAGCCCACCCAAGGUCUUAAGCAGCCCAGCACUUGGUAUUUGGAAAGUUUGCAGUGACCACUUCAUCUGAACAAGCGGCAUCCUCAAGUUCAGUUAAAUGAAGACUGAUGGAUGGCCCCGGAGAUCCCUGGCUUCCUCCCUCUGCUUCCUCAGAUAAUCCAGCUCUCCACAACUCCUUCUGCAAUGCUGUCCCUCCCUGAUUCCCGGAUUCUCAGCUGCACAAAGAGCUCUGCGUUCCUCCCUGCCUGCUCCUCAGAAGGUGGCAAAAAUGGCUAUUCCAGUAAAAGUAUAUUAAUUGUGCAAUUAAAAAAGAGAUGCAGAAUUGCAGCUGGAGGAAGUCGACCAAGGAAUGCCAAAUUCCCAGCUUCCCGAAGAGCAUGCCUCAACCCAUCGAAAGCAACAAGGACAUGUCAGCUGUGGCUUCAACCACUGGCGCACAGCCAAAGAAGCAAGAGCUGCGAACAUCCUCCCUCAUCAGACAAGAAUUUCCCUCCUGCAGGAGGAAAAGUCCUGGCAUUGUCACUGGGCAGCGCUGGUCCUUGUCCACAGAGCAACUCAGACAGUUCCUGAAGUCUUGGGGUGAUCUGACACCUAGGCCUAGGUCACAUCAGGAUGGAUGGAUCCUUGGACAAGAGGGAGAACCCUCACUCCAACCUCCCAGAGAAGUUGAGGACACAUCAAACGUUCCUCAGAGCCUGCACUUCGAGGUCCUCUCUGCACAAGCUCCUCCUCUUUUGACCCUGAUCAUCUCAGGAACCACCCCAUCUGCUGGCUUCUGCGUGGGUGUCCUCUGCAGGGCUGACAUGUUCGCUGCCACCCUUCUGGAGGCACACAGCCUGCUUCUCAGAGGACCUCCUUCAGGGAGCCUCGUAUUGCUUCCUCCAACAUCACCAGCUCUGGAACAUGAGUGUACAACAUGAAUCCAAGCCCGACCUCAGCCUCUGGAUAGUUACCCUGGCGACCUCAUCAUUGUCCCUUGUUUAUCGGCCAUGGGAGUGUUGACUUUACUCUUUCAAGUGGUAGCUUUGGGUCUGAAGUCUGUUUGGUUGU